AGGAAAAAUGACAAUUAUGGUUUUUGAAAAAUUGUUACAAAAAUUGGAAACUACCAUCGAUCUCCAACUCUCCGCAGUCUUCUUUGCGGGGCAAUCGCAAUUUCCGAUCUCUGAUUGCAAGAUGGACAGCAUAGAAUCCGAUAAGGGGGACGUUUCGUCCGCCAAAGCAGUUCUCCUUGGUGCUCUAGCUCCUGGUGUAAACGGUCCUACAUGGGUUACAUUAAAGUCGACUUUUUUAAUGCUGGGUCUGUGUCUGGCUGUGAUGCUGGGCUUAGCAUUCUCUUCAAGUGAUUCGUCCUUGAUGCUUCAUGUUGCGUUCCUUGUUUUAAUCUGUGUCUCCCUCUUCUUACUUCUUACCUGGUUUCUUGCAGAAACUGGUUUAGUUUCUGUUGAGCAUCAAAUGCGUGAGAUAGGCUUGGCGCAAAGUGAUAAUCUAGAGACAAGCAGAAAGAACAAAUAGGCAUUUUCUUGUGGUAUUACAAUAGAACAACUUGAUAUUAUUUGAGGCUGGAAGGCUUACGUGAGUUAGAGGGCAUUUCAUGGAGACAUGUUUGUGGGAAGGGGUUUCUGAUGAAUUGCUUCUUUGUAUGAGUCGAACAGCCAGUCAAUAUUCCUGCAGCAUUGCAUGAGAAAGUCAAACUAGCUGGAGCAGUAUCAUCCCUCCCAAUCAACUGGGCCUUCCUUCUUAUGAUGCUUGAAAUUCUGUUUGAUUAUUACAUUCAUUGUAUCCUUAAACUCCAUCUUUUGCUGUUUCCUUCACAGGGGAACCAUACUGCCACACUCUUCUACAUCAAUUUGAUGUAUGCAAGAUUUAAGCCAAAGUUCUCUUGACUGAGGAACCAAA